GUAAUAACCCGUCAGGUGCCACAACAUCCGCAUCUGCAUUUGUGUUGGGAAGCCCUGCGGUCUUGGCACUUUCGGCUCUCCGGGCUGCGUUGGACUGCUUGUUGACUUGGACCAAGAAGUGGGGAGAAAAGAUGGAGGACGGUUUGAAACCAACCGGCGACACUAAGCUGGACCAGGCUGUCCGACAGUGGCUGCAGCAUGACCGGAACCCCAAAACGGUGUCCCUGGUGCAGGAUAUGGUGAAGGAAGGGGCAGUGGAUGCCCUAAAGAAGUGUUUCUCCUCGAGGAUGGAGUUUGGUACAGCAGGACUGAGAGCCGCCAUGGGCCCCGGCAUUUCCUGUAUGAAUGACCUCACCAUCAUCCAGACUACACAGGGUUUCUGUUGUUACCUGGAGCAGAGUUUUAGUAACCUUAAAGAGCGAGGCGUGGUGAUCGGCUACGACGCUCGCUCUCACCCUCCCAGCGGGGGCAGCAGCAAGAGGUUCGCCAGCCUGGCUGCUGCAGUUUUCAUCAGCCGGGGAGUGCCAGUCCACCUCUUCUCUGAGAUCACCCCAACACCAUUUGUGCCUUUCACCGUUUCCCACCUGGGUCUCUGCGCUGGCAUCAUGGUGACUGCUUCACAUAACCCCAAGCAGGACAACGGCUACAAGGUGUAUUGGGAAAAUGGUGCACAAAUCAUUUCUCCUCACGAUGCUGGCAUCUCCAAAGCUAUUGAGGAGAACUUGGAGCCCUGGCCAGAGUCCUGGAACACAGAGGAGGCCCUGAAGACCACCUUGCUGAAAGACCCCUACCAGGAUAUUAGCACACAAUACUUUAAAGCUAUUCAGAAACACUGUCACCACAGAGAGAUAAACAAGAAGUCGGAGGUGAAAAUAGUGCACACAUCUGUGCACGGCGUCGGUCACAAAUUUGUGCAGUCAGCUUUCAAGGCUUUUGAUCUUCACCCUCCGUAUGCUGUUGAAGAGCAGAAGGAUCCAGACCCAGAAUUUCCCACCGUCAAAUACCCCAAUCCUGAGGAAGGAAAGGGGGUCCUGACAUUGUCGUUUGCCCUUGCAGAAAAGGAAGGAGCCUCUGUGGUGUUGGCCAAUGACCCCGAUGCUGAUCGGUUAGCUAUAGCUGAGAAGCAAGAAAGUGGACAGUGGCGCGUGUUUAGUGGUAACGAACUGGGAGCCUUGCUCGGCUGGUGGCUCUUCCACUGCUGGAGGGAGCAGAACUCUGACUCUGGUGCAUUGAAAAACCUCUACAUGCUGGCCAGCACCGUGUCCUCCAAAAUACUAAGAGCCAUCGCUCUGAAAGAGGGCUUCCACUUUGAGGAAACCCUGACAGGUUUUAAAUGGAUGGGGAACAGAGCCAAAGACCUCUUGGACCAAGGAAAGAGUGUUUUGUUUGCUUUUGAAGAGGCCAUAGGCUACAUGUGUUGUAACUCUGUAUUGGACAAAGAUGGAGUCAGCGCUGCAGCUAUUGCAGGAGAGAUGAUUUCAUACCUGGCCACCAAAAACAAAAGUCUCUCCCAACAGCUCACCACCAUCUUUGAAGAUUAUGGCUACCACAUCAGCAAGAACUCCUACUUCAUCUGCCACGAACAGGAAGUCAUCCGCAGUCUGUUUGAACGCCUGCGCAACUUCGGCGGCAAGAAGGACACGUACCCGUCGGAAUGCGGGCGCUUCUCCAUCUCCGCUGUUAGAGACCUGACCACCGGCUACGACAGCAACCAGCCCGACAACAAGGCUAUUCUUCCUACGUCCAGGUCCAGUCAGAUGAUCACCUUUACCUUUUCUAACGGCGGUGUGGCUACCAUGAGGACCAGCGGCACAGAACCAAAGAUCAAAUACUACACUGAGCUCUGUGCUGCUCCUGGUAACAGUGAUGUGACGCAUCUAAAGAAGGAACUGGAUGACUUGGUUGACGCCAUCGUUGAGAACUUCUUUGAGCCAAUAAAGAAUAAGCUGCAGCCGAAACCAGAGUAGUUCUAACGGAAAAUGGUGACUAGAGUAGAAAUGUCUCUGACCAGCUUUUAAAAUGUCUUAAUUCUUCCUAAAGAGUUCCUUUGUUUUGCUCCAGCUUAAUUGACUUUUCACUAGUUUGCUCCAGGGUGUUUAGAAGCCAUAGUAGUAAAAUUAGCAAAAUUGUUUUGUUUUUUUU